AAGAUGCUUUAAUGAAAAUGGAGACACUCGCACAAUUCGAGAAGAACGUAAAGCGAACCGACACCGGGUUCCUAGCGGUAGCAACAGAGGUGGAAAACGACAAAGAGAAAACCUCAGAAACUCCACAAAAAAUCAAGGAAUUACUGAAGGAGUUCCAAGACAUUCUUCCCGACGACCUUCCGAACGAGCUGCCGCCAUACCGAACGCACCAACACGAGAUCGUGGAAGAAUUAAGUUCGAAGCCGACCUUCCGAGCACCAUAUCGGCUCAGCCCCAUGGAGCUAGCCGACAUGAAGAAACAGAUGGAGUAUCUCCUCGCAAAAGGACUCAUCCGACCAUCCACUUUGCCAUACGGUGCCCCAGUACUCUUCACACCAAAACCAGACGGAAGCCUGCCCAUGUGCAUCGAUUAUCGAGCUCUCAACAAGCAAACCAUCAAGCACAAAUACCCAAUACCACGAAUCGAUGACCUGCUUGACCACCUUCGGGGAGCCACGGUAUUUUCCAAACUAGAUCUACAGUCCGGGUACUGGCAGAUAAGAAUGGCGGACAAUUCCAUCCACAAAACUGCCUUCCGAACUCGGUACGGGUCGUACGAGUAUCUGGUAAUGCCGUUCGGACUCACCAACGCACCGGCAACGUUCCAAGCCGAAAUGAACCAUAUUCUACGCCCACUCUUGGACAAUUGCGUUGUGGUGUACGUGAAUGACAUCCUCAUCUAUUCGCACGACAUGCAGCAGCACGUCCAACACCUGUGACGCAUCUUCGACAUUCUCCG